AUGGAAAACGUGUAUUUAUUAAAGCAAGCAACUGUUAAAGUGCCUACUGGUAUUCGAAUGCAAGUACCCGUUGGGUGCUUUGGACAAUUGUUAUCGAGAUCAUCAUUAGCUCUUCGAAAUAUAACAGUAGUAGGUGGUGUUAUUGAUAACGAUUAUCGUGGAGAAAUGAGUGUUUUGUUAAAGAACAAUAACGACAGUGAGUUUAUAAUUACUACAGAUUUGGCUAUUGCUCAAUUAGUAUUUUUACAAUGUUUUUCGCCCAAACUUUUUAUUGCAGUUCCAGAAAAUGAGAUGACAUGCUCAGAAAGAGGAAAUGGUGGAUUUGGUUCAACUAAUGAGCAAAGAAUAUAA